AGGCUCGAGGCAUCGUGGGAAAUGAUGCACGUGAACGCAACGCGUCCACGACGCGUCGCAGCAGGUCGGAGCACGUGUGUCCCCAGUACUUGUAGCGUGUCGCACUCAAGCCGUUCUACGCGUCUUGCUUCCUCGAAUGCUGGCUUCACUUCAAACCCCUAUAUCUGACACAUAUGCAGUACUCUCAUUUGCAGGACCUGAAUCAAGCUCAACUGAGAGCCGUCGAACAUGAUCCCAAUAUUCCACUCCAGAUUCUUGCCGGGCCUGGGAGUGGCAAGACAAAGGUUCUAACCACUCGGAUAGCUCACCUAAUCUCGCAACGUUCGAUUGAGCCUUCAUCUAUCUGUGCAGUGACAUUCACCAACAAGGCAGCCAACGAGAUGCGAGAAAGACUAUCGAAGUUGAUUGGAAUGGAGACAACCUCACUGAUCCGAAUGGGCACAUUCCACGCCCUAUGUGCGAUGUUCUUGCGUCGACAUGCGAAUCUGGUCAAGCUUAAUGGAAACUUCACCGUAUGCGACUCAGAUGAGAGCAAGAAGAUUGUGUCUAAGCUUCUCAAGGCGCAUAGAGUAAAGCUCGCAACAAAGGCUAUUACUUUGAGAGAAGAGGCAGUUUUGUCACUCAUCUCGAAGGCAAAGUCUAAAGGGCAUUCUCCUGAUGAUGUUCUGGAUAUGCUUGAAGACCCUUCGAAAAGACGGAAAGCGCAAAAGAAGGCCGAUAUCGGGUCUAUUUCUGCCCUCAUCGACCAAACUAUCGCCACACUAUAUCGUGACUACGAACGUACACUUCGAGAUAACAAUAGCCUGGACUUUGAUGACUUGUUGAUCUACGGUGUCAGGCUAUUUCGAGACCAUCGCAAAGUCGGAAAGUGGUGUAAGCAUAUUCUGGUAGACGAAUUCCAGGACACGAACACGAUGCAAUACGAACUCAUGCAGCACAUUGCAGCAGCAAAUCGUUGCGUCACAAUAGUUGGUGACCCCGACCAGUCGAUAUAUGGCUGGCGUUCGGCGGAAGUAGAGAACCUCCAAAGAAUGAGACAAGACUUCCCCUCAACGAUCCAGAUUCUUCUCGAACAUAAUUAUCGCUCGACAGGUUCCAUCUUAGCAGCAAGUGUUGCAAUCGUUGCACAGGACAAAUCUCGUAUACCCAAGACACUACAUACGCAACAUGCAAUCGGACCCAAUCCCACCUUACAAGCGUUCCCUUCAGAAUACGAAGAAGCAACAUUCAUCGCUACGGAGAUCAAAAGACUUCUUGCUGCCACAGGUGACAUGUUAAAGUGGAGUGAUUUUGCCGUCUUGCUCCGAUACAAUUCCCUGUCCCGUGCCAUUGAAAGCGCAUUGCAGCAGCAAGGCAUUCCGAAUCGGGUCCUCGGUGGUCACAAGUUCUUCGAACGUUCAGAGGUGAAAGACAUACUCGCAUACAUGCAAGUAAUCGACAACCCUCAGUUCAUACCCGCAUUCUCGCGAGCAGUCAACACUCCUUCAAGAGGAAUCGGAGAGAAGACUAUAUCCGAAAUGCUUACGAGAGCCGCUACUCUUAACCUUUCACCCCUCGAAGUGGCGGAGCGCAUUUAUGACGAGCAGAUGCCCGAUAUCAAGCCUCCAGUCAGACGAAAACUAAAAUCUUUCAUUGAACCUAUCAAAAACCUACGGAAGCUGGCUAAUAAUGGAGAACUGCCAUCCAACCUCAUACGUACCCUCCUUGACCUGAUUCACUACGAAAAUCAUCUGAAGAAGACACAGCCCGAUGCUGACAGUCGAUGGGACAAUGUCCAAGAGCUAAUCAAUUUCGCUCGGGAAUUCGAAGUUAAUGAGUCGAGUAAUCUGCAACUCCCUGAGAGUCCUUUGCCUGGAGAACGUGUUGCCGGAGAGAAUGAUUGGGAAGAUCAUCCAGACGAAUUCGAUCAUAACGCAUUCGACGAGGAUGGUAUCGCUGAGAUCAAGCCCGGUGCGAAUAGCAAACUCGCAUCCCACAGAGAUACGCCUCUGCGGCUGUUCCUCCAAGCGUCAAUGUUAUCCACAGAUGUUCAGACCCAGGAUAGUCGUGCCGACAACAACAAGGUUACAAUUACAACCUGUCAUGCUGCCAAAGGUCUCGAAUGGCCUGUGGUCUUCGUUCCUGCAGUCGAGAAAGGGACAUUCCCUUCAUCACGUGCGGAAGAUGUCGAAGAAGAGAGACGUUUGCUCUAUGUAGCAUGUACACGAGCUCAAGGAUUACUCUACCUUAGCCAUUCAACUGGUCGAAUGGUAUCUGGCGAGACCAAGCCUCAAGAAAUAUCUGAAUUCAUCUGGGUUGUGAAGAGAUCCACUCCGGGCCUAUUUUCUGCCACGCCACCGAAUUUAAGUAGAGAAGACAGAACUCUAUUAGCAUCCGUCCUGCAUCGAGACGCGCCGGACGAAGCUAAAGUCUCUCAGAGACUCGAAGAACAUUAUCGCACAGCCGGUCAAACUUCUUGGAGCUCUCGUCCUGGUGGUUCUACCAACCGCUACAGGCAGCCUCCAAGUACGAGCAACUUCAUGCCCAACUCUGACGCAGCACUCACCUCUACUUCAUAUCAAGGUAAUCUUUAUUUUGGAUCCCGAACUCGUCACCAGCCUCACGCUUUCGUCCUUCAGCGGCGUUUGCAUCAGCAAAGUCAUAUCAAUCCGGUACAGAUCAAGUAUACCCUGUUCCUAGAGCCCCAUUGUCGCCGUCCAGAAGUUCCGUCGUCAACGCCGCGCCUAGGCAAAUUGUAUCCAACAAACCGCACUCGAAAGCUAUGAGUUCCAAUAUUGCUGCAUCUUCUACUGCAAUACCCUCUACUACUCAGAAGUCGGCUCUACCCAAACAGGGCACUUUGGCGUCGUUUGUGAAACCUUUGUCGUCCAGUUCCAGUUCUUCACUCUUGAAACCGACUUCGAAAUCAACGCCGGACCAGUUCCCAUCGACGUCAUUCUCAGCUGGUUCUAGUUCUUUGUCUGUCCCCACUGCGUCGGCCCCAGGUAAAGUCGCAGGCGUAAAGCGACGGCUAGGAAUGGGUCAUGGCGCAAUAGGGUACUCGAACAAGAAGUACAAACCGCCUACUUGAAAUAGUUGAUUCUUACGUUUCCGUAGUGUAUCGAGGCAAUCUGAGCUCCCGAGCACUGACUAUUUAUUCCCUGCUAUAUUUUCCGAUUGUACUUAUACUCGCUUGUAAAUAUUUUGGUGCAACCUAUCGAAGUGAGGCAUCAGGCUCUUAGUGCAACAGGUAGGAACCGACCAACUGACGAAGAUUCAUUGUCGCGCUGUGAAAGUCCAGGCUUGAAGGCAAGCUUCACUUUAAAUUCAAAGCAAUGUGCUGAAGUUUGCGGCAUCUUUGGAGUUUAGAUUCCCAGAUUGGGCUUACAAGCUGCCUUAUCAGGAAACAGACCUGCCUCAUUCGGCAGGUACAUUGGAAGAACUUGAAAUUCGGUACGUUUCCAGUGAGGACAAGGACCCAGUUUUAGUCGAUGAAAGACCGUAUUCGAACGACACCUUAGUGGAAAAUCAAGUUCCAUGACUUCA